AUGGCAAACAAAUCCCUCACAGGCCUCGAGAGUCUCAUAAAGCUUCUCCCAACAGGAACACUCUUUAUCUACCUUUUACUCAACCCUAUCCUCACUAACGACGGUGAAUGCUCCACGGUAAAUAAGGUCAUGUCAAGCAUUCUCGUCGCUCUUUGCAGCUUCUCCUGCGUGUUCUCAUGCUUCACCGAUAGUUUCAAAGGCGUUGACGGAUCAAGAAAGUUUGGUAUAGUCACCAAGAAGGGUCUUUGGACUUAUGGGGAACCAGGAACCGUGGACUUGUCCAAGUACAAGCUCAGGAUCGCGGAUUUCGUCCACGCGGUUUUUGUGUUGGCUGUGUUUGGGACACUGGUGUUGCUUGACGCUAAUACCGCAAACUGCUUUUAUCCGCGGUUCAGAGAAACGCAAAAGACUUUGGUCAUGGCUUUGCCUCCAGUCGUAGGCGUUGCCUCGGCCUCUAUCUUCGCCUUGUUCCCGAGCAAACGGAACGGACUCGGGUAUGCUCCGGCUAAUGAGGAGGUGGAGGAGACCAAGAAGGAUUCUCUCCCUGCCUAA